AUGGUUGAGAAGCGAACACAGCAGCAGCAGCAGCAAUACCAAGAACAGCCAGGCUGUCCACUCUCGGAGGUUCUAACAGCCGUAGGCUCUGAAGUAUCUCUGCCCUGUGACCUCGUCUCCGGCACAGGACUACUCGACAAGGUGCAGUUGGUCAUCUGGUAUCGCCAAGGCAACGUAAAGCCCAUAUAUACAUUCGAUGCGCGCAAUCGUCCAAUGCAUCAGGCCAUACCCUGGGCCGAUGAGAGCGUCUUUAACAAGAAGGCACACUUCUACUACGACACAAAGCCGCCGGCUUUGCGCAUCAAGAACAUACAAACCUCAGAUGCUGGCCUCUACAAAUGUCGCGUUGAUUUCCAUAAAUCACCGACCCGGAAUUGGCGAAUUAAUGUGACAGUUUUGGUGCCGCCCACCAUGCUCACAAUCUUGGAUCACAACGGGGCGGCCAUACGCGACCAAACCGCCGGCCCCUAUCUCGAGGGUGACAGCAUUAACUUGACCUGCCUGUCCAGUGGUGGUAUUCCCCCUCCUCGUGUUUCUUGGUGGCGCGAGCACGCUCUUGUGGAUGACUCGUUCCAGGUGCUGCCCGACGGUUCGGUGCGCAAUGUACUCCAUCUAAAGAAUAUCCAGCGCAAGGACUUGCUAACGCUGUACACCUGCCAGGCCACCAAUGGGCAUGUUGUGGCCGCCCUGACUAAGAAAGUUGUGCUGGAUCUGAACCUGCCGCCGCUAAGUCUGCUGCUGCAGGGACUUAAUCAUGCCGUGGUCGCGGGCACUCGAACUCAUGUGACGUGCACAGCAAUUGGGGCACGACCACCGCCGCACAUAGUUUGGUCUAAGGCUGGCCAAGUGCUGAAGGGAGCCUCUCAGUCGACCUCGUCCGAUGGCAAUACCACAAUUUCCGAGCUGAUGCUCAUUCCAGUUCCCGAGGACAACGAACGUCAAGUGGUCUGCUCGAUCUCGCUGAAUGCGGGCAUCACGUCGCAGCAACUGCAAGAGGGCCACACAACUGUCAUGACAACGCUGGGCAACGGCAACACUGGCCUGUAUCUCAAGGAUUCGCGAGUGCUGAAUGUGACGCACGCGCCCAUUGUCAAUCUGAAUCUGGGCGCUCCACUGGAUCCCAACAAUUUGCUGAAGGGCUCCGAUGUUUAUCUCGAGUGCGAUGUGCGCGCCAAUCCGGCCAUCACGCGUGUCGAGUGGUACCACAAUGACAAGCAGCUGCACUCAUCGCGCGGCAUCAUCAUAUCCAACCAGACGCUGGUCCUGCAAGGCAUCUCGAAAUCGUCGCAUGGUCAGUACUUCUGUCGAGCCAGCAAUCUGCAGGGUAGCGUGUCCAGCAACGAAGUCUACCUGGAUGUUAAAUAUCCGCCUGUUUGCAAAUCGGACUCGACAAUUAUACGCGCCGCCCUCAAACAGACCAUCAACAUCACGUGCGAGGUGGAUGCGAAUCCUUUGGACAAUCUAAAUUACAAGUGGCACUUCAACAACUCGCUCGAGAGCCUCAUCGAGCUACCGGCAGUGGUGCAGGGCGUGGCGCCCGUCACACUGCCUCUAGCAUCCGCCGGAUAUUACCAGCGCAGCAAGCGGAAGCACACACAUGGCGCUGGUGUGGGUGUCCAACGCCUGCUACAUGGCCGCCAUGGACGCAUUGCCAGCAUCGACAUGGACACUGUGCGCUUCGAGGACGAAGAGGACGAUGCAUUCGACGAAGGCUUGGACUACCACGGAUCCGACUAUGGACUGCUAUCGGAAGUACCGUACACACAAAUGGUCUACUCGAACAUGGUGCAUAAGAACCACGUGGAGAAUAAGCAACCAGCCCGCAAGCAGCAGCAGCCGAACGACAGUGGAGCCAGCGCUCAUCACACCGUUGGCGGCACGCAGUACCAGCAGCAGGCAGACCGGAAGCGGCUUGCAGCGUUGCAUAAGCAACAACAUCAUCGCGUUGCCGUGCCCACGACUACGGCGGCGCCACCGCUAUACAACGUCUACAGCUACCACGUGGAAAGCUACGAGAGCUUCGGGGCUAUUUCCUGCAUCGCAAACAGUCCGAUGGGCCAGAGCCAGCCUUGCUGGUAUCACAUACAGCCUGCAGAUUUGCCAGAGCCAGUGAAAAAUUGCUCGGCCUAUAAUGCGACCGCCAACUCGCUGCAGAUACAAUGCAUUCCUGGCUAUGAUGGCGGCAUACCACAGCAUUUUCACGUCCAAGUCUACGAUGAACUGAACCGUCAGAUAUUGUACAAUGCAUCCUAUAAAUAUGCCGAAUUUACCGUGAAGCGCCUGCCCAGUGACUCGGUAUUCGUCAUACGCGUGACUGCCGUCAAUGCUCAAGGUCCGAGCAAAGUGGCUUAUCGGUUGCGUGGUCGAACGCUUUCGGCACCGCUGCUGCGAACAGCCUCCUCGACGGCCGUACUAGUGCAAUUGACGCCGCUGCUGGGCGCCCUUGUCGGAGUCAUUGCCACCCUCUUUUUGGUGGCCAUUUGCGUUGUGAUCUUUAUCAAAUUCCGAACGAAGCGCAGUCGGCGUCAUGCCAGUGGCGAGGCUACGACCACAGAGGCGGACAAGGGGAGUGCGGAACCGCUAUCGCGCAACAUGGGCAGCCAUUCAAGCCUGGAGGACAAAAACCCGGAUGUGGUGCCGCAGGAAACAAACAGCGAGGAUGAAUUCCACCUGGAGGAGAAGGCUUUUGACCGCUUGAAUAUGGAAUCGCAGAGGAUUUUAUAUACACCGCCGUCACGCAUUAGCACCGCAUCACCGCCUCCGGCCUCCCUCUCGCCCACAUUUGGCAAGCAGUAUGGCGAGCUGUCGCUGACCACAAACCCAGCUUUUAGCCUGUACAACACGCCACAGCGCGCUCCCGCUGCCCAACGACCCGUGUACACGGCACCACCCCCGCUGCUGUCAACGAGGACGCCACCCAACAUUUACACACGCAUACCGGGCCGAGGCAGCAUUAACGGUGGUGGCGGCGUCACCACCGCCGCUGCCUACUUGCCCGCCUACGAGACUCGCACGUCGCCCACCUCGCCGUACGGCUCGACUACGACCUGCACUAUGCCACUUCUGGGUGGCCAAUCAAACGGAUCGCUGCAAACUAACAGCAGCGCCGGUGGUAGUUGUGGUAUCGGUGGUUUGGCCGGUGCUAGCCACACAUUGCCGCAUCCAGGUAGCCUGCACUUGGGCGGCAUAUCGGCGGCUUUAACCAGUUCAGUGACAUCGGGGAACAUUACGAUUGGGGCUGCACAGUCGCUGCUGACCUCGCCACGCGCCCAAACCGCCUACAGCACCAUGAGCGGUAUGGGUAAUGCCACCUCGACCGCCCUAACAUCGCAGUCGCCCUUGCUGGCCGUGGGCAGCGCACUGCUCGGCGCUGGAGGCGGCGGUAAUUACGAAACGGUGAGCUCCUGAGAGUUACCCAAAGAGGACAUUAAAUGUCAGAUCGUUUGCAUUGGCGGGAGUAGUACGUGCACCACAUCGGGCGCGGAGCGCACUACAAUCGUUUAGGCGCUCGAAGCGUCGAGCCACAGUCCCAUCCUGUAUAAUAGUAGUUAAGCUUUCGCUGCGUUUCGUCCUCCCCUGUUUUGUGUAGCCUUCAGGACUAAGCCCAACAUUUCGGAAUUCCCAUUUGAUUUGCACGAAGCGAAGCGAACAAAUUUAUAAGACUUCCAAUUGCAGAACGGAUAUUAUAUCCAGUAGAUAUUUAGUUGAAUCAGAGAGAUAUAGAAAAAAUAUAGAGGGGGAGUUGCGCAUGUCUGUUUAGCGACUAACCAAACCACAAAGAUCAAAGCAUUUAUAGUUUACCAAACUGAACUAGAUGACGGAUAAAUCGACGUAGACUGCUUAAAGGUUGGACAACGCCUGUCUGUCACGGGCAACCUGGAGCCCAAGACCUGCAAGUACAGUGGUGCAAAAGUUGCUGGAAGAUGUGAAUGUGAAAAAUGUGAAGCAAAUUGACUUUUUCAUUGCGAAGUCCAGCUUAGCCCCGCGAAUCUACAAAAAAAUAUACAUACUUUAAAAUAAAAAUAUAUAUAGAUAUAUAGUAUACUAUAUACACUACUUGAAAUACUUUGUGCGAAAAUAUUUCAGUGAAAUUAAUGAGCUACGCUUGUGAGAUCAUAAAUACAGUUAGUUUAAAUAAUACAAUACCUACAAUAAUUAAACGAAUGAAGUUUACGGCAACUAA